CGCGCGUUACACGCACUGGAUGCUUGGCGGAUGCCGCACGAGAUGAUGGAGGAAGGAGCGCUCGUGUGGGUGAUGCAUGCGGCACGAUGGAAUGCUGCCGUGAUAAAGACUAUCUCGCUCCAUGGAACGAUUCGGUGCUGCCUCGUGGACAACCCUGGCGUUGUGGAUGUCGACGCGACGUCGAGAAAGGACAGGCUCCACCCGUGCAACCCCGCUGACCAACACCGUGACGGCGUCGAUGACCUCACAUCCUUGGUGUACUUGCAUGAACCAGCUAUCCUCAACGCGCUUCGAGCACGAUACCGAAACGGCGUGAUCUACACCCGAACAGGAACGAUCCUGGUUGCCGUGAAUCCGUUCCAGCAGUUGCCGCUCUACGAUGAAGCAACCAAGAGACGAUACAUACAAGCUGGGCGAUCACCGCGUCAUGACGGGGACAGCAACUUGCCGCCCCACGUGUUCGCUGUUGCCGACCGAGCGUACCACGACAUGCUCUCGACACGGCAGAAUCAAAGCAUCUUGGUCAGCGGCGAAAGCGGUGCUGGCAAGACAGAAACCACAAAGCUCAUUAUGACGUACUUGGCGUCGGUGUCGUCGACUCAACCUCAUGAUGACAACGCCGUGCGUGACCGCAUCUUGGAAUCGACGCCAAUUCUAGAAGCGUUUGGAAACGCGUCAACCACACGGAACAGCAACAGCAGUCGGUUUGGCAAGUUCAUACGAAUUGAAUUUGAAGCAAUAUCGGGCGAGUUGGUCGGCGCAUCAAUAUCUGCGUACUUGCUGGAGCGCGUGCGGUUAAUCUCGCAUACCUUCGGCGAGCGGAACUACCACAUCUUUUACGAACUGUGUUCGUCGUCCGUAGCCAAGUCGCUUCAGCUGGACCGCCCCUUUGCGUACCUCGGUGGCAGCAAUCACCAGUGUCGCCGCGACGGGGUCGAUGACGCUACUCAGUUUGAGAUGACGCGUCACGCCAUGGCCACGAUGGGCUUGUCGAUCUACAACAUCGCGUCAGUCUUGCAAGUGGUGGCCGCUGUGUUGCACCUUGGCAACUUGAAAUUCAACCCUCAUCACGGAGGGACAUCUCGAUUGAGCACCGACGACGACACCGCGCAAUUGUGCUCGUCCUUACUUGGUAUUUCCCUGGACAACGUGGAGGAAGCCUUGACCACACGACGAAUCAAGGCUGGCGGGGAAGUCGUGACCGUGGGUUUGUCGCCUACAGCCGCUGCUCAAUCUCGCGACGUCGUUGCCAAAACCAUGUACGUGCGGGUGUUUGAAUGGCUCGUCGGCCGGAUCAACGGCGCGACGACGAAAAGCCCAACGUCUUCACCGACGGCGUCGAUUGGCAUCGUGGACAUUUUUGGCUUUGAGAGCUUUGUCAGGAACUCGCUCGAACAGCUCUGCAUCAACUAUGCCAACGAAAAACUUCAACAACUCUUUUGCCGCGCCGUGUUUGAGCUCGAACAACUCGAGUAUGUCGCAGAAGGCAUUCCGUGGUCAUUGAUCGAGUACCCCAACAACGAUGCGUGCGUGUCUCUCUAUGAAUCGCGCCCCCAUGGACUAUUCAGCCUCUUGGAUGAGCAGUGCAUUAUUCCCCGCGGCAACGACAAACAAUUGGUCGCCACCAUGCACGGCAAACUCGCGUCGUCCCCAGCGUUCACCGCGACGAGCUCUCAGUUGGGCAAGGGGCAGUUUACAGUGUGUCAUUACGCAGGCGCUGUGACGUACGCCACGGACGGCUUUUGCGACAAGAACAAAGAUAACGUCCACGCCGAGGCACUCGCGUUUUUGACUUUAUCGUCCCACGACCUGUUGCACACAACUCUCGACAUGUCGCGACGACAGACGACGCUCAUUCGACGCCACUCUGCCAAAGAACGAGGUCAGUCGAGUAUGUCGUGCGUGCAAAAGUUUCAAGGACAGCUCAAGACCCUUCUGGGGGACUUGGAAGCGUCGGCAAUGCACUUUAUCCGGUGCAUCAAGCCCAAUGAUUUUGGCCAGCCGCAUGUUGUCGACGACGACCGGUUCUUGGAACAAUUGCGAUGCAGUGGUCUGCUCGAAGUCACCGAGCUGACUCGUCUUCGCCAUCCUGUUCGCAUGUCCCAUGCUCUCUUCUUAGAGCGUUUCCGUUGUCUCUUUCCUGGCUAUGGCGCAAUGGACGUAAAGCAGAUGCUGCGGUGCUGGGGAGUUGAAAAUCCCGUUGUAGGGGUCUCCAAAGUGUACUUUGAUCAUGCGCUGUUGACCCAUCUUAACCAAGCCCGUGACCUCCGCGUGCGCGUUGCAGUUCGAACCCUUCAACGCUUUGCCUGUGCCGUAGCUCGCCGUCGCCGAGCCAUCCGUCUCCUCCACAUCGAGUCUGCCAGACGCCUUAUCUGCCGAACCAUCCACACAACAGUCCUUCGCCGCCGACUUGUGCGAACGAUGCAAGUUGCGCAUGCCCAGCGCGUGAUUGCAUGGGCAUGGAAGGCGCACCGAAACUGCCAACUUGAAAAGCACCGGCUUGAAGAACGCCAACGACGCGUGCGUGAUAAAGAGGCCCAACACUUGGCGCUCAUCAACCGCGUCGCCGCCGCGCGUCUGGUCUUGAAAGCUUGGUUGCGUCGAUGUCGGCUCCGGUGGGCUCUGAUGCGUCAUGCGAAUGAUUUGAAGGCAUCGGCGGCAGCGCUGUCGUCCACCCGCUCCAGCGACUACCUUCGAGACUUUAAAGGACCACGUGCUCCGCUUCCGAAGAAUGUCCUGCACGUCAAAUCCACGUCUAUCUCGACAACGUCGCCGACGCAGAAUUGGGAUGACGCACGGGACACCAGUUCCACGAGCAGUUCCUCCUUGGAUGGAGAUGACUCGUUCACGUACGACAUUGAGUGGGAAUGUGGCAUGCUGGGAAUUCACUUCACUGUGGACGGUGGGCGAAUCGUCGUACAGCGCCUGCACGUGACGUUGAGCACAUGCAUUGACAUUUUUGCCGUGUCCGUGGGGGAUCGGCUCGUGGGUGUCAACAACCUCCCCCUCCUGUUGAAUGCGAAGUCGACAUAUGCUUCCGUGAUGCGAUACAUGGCCCAAGCACCCAAGCCUGUGGUGUUGCAGCUCAAACGAGAGCGGCCGUCGCCUACCAUGCCCACUGUGACUCUUCAAAGCGACGAGUACGAGCUGUUAUGGAGUCGAAAGGCGCAUCCGUCGCUGGGUCUUGACUUCAAUUGGGACAAUAUCAACCAAAUGCCAGUCGUGAUCCGUGUGCAUCCUCAAAUCGGACGUACAAUCCCGGGCCGCACCAGCGUUUGUGUUGGCGACUGGCUUACCCACAUCCAUGACGCACCCCUCCGCCAGAAGCAAUCGUCUUGGGAAUCCAAGUUACAAGGUGGUGGGAACGGCGCGACGGCACUCCUACGAUUUCAGCGCGCAGGGACAAACGCCCGCAACAACGCCGACGUGUUGGCCAACGGUGGUCGGUUGAGCGACGUCGAGUCUGCGUGUGGGUUCAAGGAAAUGGAGCGGUGGUCGUGGAACCCCAAGCAAGACGACACACUGCAUCACCUCCUGUACACUGAUGAAGACUCGUCGCUCGGGCUUAUCCUGCGGCAGCCUGCGUACAGGUUUUAUCUCGAAGUGAGCGAUGUCAAGAACGAUGGCGCGGUGCACCGCCAGCGCCACCAUCCCCGCCGCCAUAUCCUCCAGGGCGAUCAAUUGGUGUGUGUAAAUCACCAAAACAUUCGCGUGAUCGGACACGCGUCCGCCCUCGCGCAGCUUAAACAUGGCCCCAAGCCCGUCCUCCUCACCUUUCGCCGCGUCAAGCCUACGUGCUCCAUGUACUCCACCAGCCAAAGUUGCUAAUACGACGUCGGCGAUUCUCCAAAUGCCCCGUUGCUUGCUCCCGUAACUCUGAUAUUUAUUCCUUCCCUUUGUUCCUGCCGUCGUUCUUCCGCAUGGGGAAUGUGGACCAAACUUGGUCAAACUGAACACGAUCCUGAACUUGGCCAA